GUAUAUAGUAAUCUAUGGUCAUGUCUCACGUCAGGCACGUCACACGUCAUUUGACAUUUUAUUUCUGCCUGGGGGAGGAAGAUCAUGUUCGUUUCAUCAUAAUAUAUUAGUUGCAAAAGUAUUUUACAGUGUUACAGUGAGUGUCCGAGUGCCUGUGUCAUCUCAUUUAUUAUCUUUAUAGAAUAAAUUGACAGCAUAAUGUUCAGUUGGCUAAAGAAAGAAGGUGAAAAAUCCGAAAGUAUAGAAAAUGUCGUGGAGGGUCUCAAAAGAAUAUAUAAAACAAAACUUUUACCCUUGGAGCUGCAUUACCAGUUCCACGACUUCCAUUCACCACAGCUCGAAGAACCAGACUUCGACGCCAAACCUAUGAUCCUACUUGUUGGUCAGUACUCCACCGGUAAAACUACAUUCAUCAAAUAUCUGUUGGAACGGGAUUUCCCGGGUAUAAGAAUAGGUCCUGAACCAACCACCGACAGAUUCAUCGCCGUAAUGUAUGAUGAAAAGGAAGGAGUGAUACCCGGCAAUGCCCUCGUCGUAGAUCCCAAAAAACAGUUUCGCCCUCUGAGCAAGUUCGGUAAUGCUUUUCUGAACCGGUUCCAGUGCUCAACGGUUAGCUCGCCAGUGCUGAAGGGCAUCUCCAUCGUUGACACACCCGGCAUCCUGUCGGGAGAGAAGCAGCGCGUAGACCGGGGCUACGACUUUACUGGUGUGCUGGAAUGGUUCGCCGAGCGCGUCGACCGCAUCAUUUUGCUGUUCGACGCACACAAGCUCGACAUCUCGGAUGAAUUCAGACGCAGUAUUGAAGCAUUGAGGGGCCAUGAUGAUAAAAUCCGUAUUGUUCUGAACAAAGCUGACAUGAUUGAUCACCAGCAGCUGAUGCGUGUUUAUGGUGCUCUUAUGUGGUCCCUAGGCAAGGUGCUGCAAACACCUGAGGUGGCCAGAGUGUACAUUGGGUCUUUUUGGGACCAGCCUUUACGCUACGAUGUCAACAGGCGAUUGUUUGAGGAUGAAGAGCAGGAUCUCUUCAGAGACAUGCAAUCUUUACCACGAAAUGCGGCUUUGAGAAAGCUAAACGACUUGAUCAAGAGAGCUCGCCUCGCCAAGGUUCAUGCCUACAUAGUCAGUGAACUAAGGAAAGAAAUGCCUUCUGUCUUUGGAAAAGAUGGUAAAAAGAAGGAAUUAAUAAAGAAUUUAGGUCAGGUGUAUGACCGUAUACAGAGGGAGCAACAAAUAUCACCUGGUGACUUCCCAGACAUCAAAAAAAUGCAGGAAACUUUGGCUAACCACGACUUUACCAAGUUCCACCCCUUGAAGCCCAAGCUGCUUGAAGUGGUGGACCACAUGCUGGCCACUGACAUUGCCCGCCUCAUGGACAUGAUUCCACAGGAAGACGUGAAUAUUGUGUCCGAGCCACUCAUCAAAGGUGGUGCGUUCGAAGGUGUGGAAGACCAAGUGUCACCAUUCGGCUACGGACGAGGAGAGGGCGUGGACGCCGGCCACGGCGACCCCGAGUGGAUCUGCAGCAAGGAGAAGCCGCGCUACGACCAGAUCUUCCAGGCGCUGAACCCCAUCGAUGGAAAGGUCACAGGCGCUGCCGCCAAGACGGAGAUGGUCAAGUCGAAGCUGCCAAACUCGGUGCUCGGCAAGAUCUGGAAGCUGUCGGACAUCGACAAGGACGGGUUCCUGGACGAGGACGAGUUCGCGCUGGCCAUGCACCUCAUCCACGUGAAGAUUGAUGGGCACGACCUGCCCGCCGAGCUGCCCGCGCAUCUGGUGCCGCCCUCCAAGCGGAACUGAGCGCCGCCGCGCCGCGCCGCCUACCGCGCAACGACUGGCCCGGUUGGUACACAAGUACAUCUUAUGCCUACUUCACAUUUAUGCACUUUUAUGAAAUUUGAAAGUUAUUUAUUAGACGCCGAGCGGAACGAGAGAAUUACUUGAUACACUUGAAUUUGUAUUGUACGCGACAUACAUAUGUCAUUGAUGUUGUCAGCUAGGAGCGAGCCUGUGUCCGCCACGUCUCGCCACGUCUCGCCACGAGCUAGCUUUGUGUGGUAGGGAGACAGACAACAACAAUCAAAGCAAAUGUUCAUUGUACUUCCUCAAGAUAAAUGUAUUUACUAAUCUUUAAACACUAUUUAUUAGCUUGCAUGUAUUUUUAAGUUUUAUUUAUACGUGAAAUUAGGUUGAAAAUGACCAAAUAGCUGCAUCCAAUGUAUUAGCUUUAUUUACUUAAAUUACUGUUAGUGCGGGCUGCGGGCUGCGUGCUGCGGGCUGCUUAAUUUAUUUUGUAAACUGUAUUCGUUAAGUACAUGUUUAUUUUCCAAAAUGUAUUCAUAAAUGAUGGAAUAGUGUAUUUGUGUCUCGAACGGACUUUCUGGUUCCGUGCUUGAGUCGUUCCUACUAGAGAGCCGUGGGCUAUGUAUCUGGUAGCACCGCGCAUGCGUGCCUUCGCUGCGCGCUACACUGGGGCACUGACUGCGAGUGCAAUGUCCGGGGUUUGUGUAAAUACAGAGUUUAUAUUGGCUACAUUUUUGAAAUGUAUUUUUGCCUGUGGGUGGCGCCACUGCGCUGCCGCGUGACGUCACGGGUGACGCGACGCGGCCGCGCGGCGCCCCUUCUUUUUACAUUUUGCUAACAACUGUAUGUACAUAAAGAUAUAUGUAAAUUGAAUACAAUAUUAUUAUCGUAAAUUAUAAAUAGAGUUUAAUAAAUAGUU